GUUGCUGGGCCAUACGCCAGCCUGCGGUCCCACAGCUGCACGCAUGGGGUGAGGAUUGCUUCCCCCACCCGUGUUUGUGUUCACUCAUAUUUACCCGCUUUGACCCUUACGGAUCUGCGUUCGUUUGUCUGACCCUAAGGCAGUACCGCAGGGUGGUGCCUUGCUUCGGCAUGCUGCCGCCGUGGCCGUGCCGGGCAUCUCUGCCAUGCCCAGCACCGUUGCCUCCCACCACAACAGGGACCCCGAAAUGCAGCUCGUGCUUCCAGCUACAAACUGAGCCCCGAUGAACUUUCUUUGUUUCUUUGUUUCUUUUUUUUUCUUGUACGGGCAAAAUGCCCCUUUUCCUCACCUGCAGGAAGGCAGAUGACUGCUUGCCCCUGGCCUGUAGCAAAGGGUUGAUGAAUCAUUUCCUUUUCCAUAUUUUAGUAAAAUUGUGUUGUUCAGAGCUCAUCUAGAGCGUUUUAAUGUUUUGAGUACUUGCACUCUUCUCUUUGCUCUCUUCCUGCAAUUGUCCGAAGGCUGGAUUUUUUUGUCUCCCUCCCAACAGUUGUUGUUGCUUGCUUGGAAGUGUUGCGGAUGGGUUUGUCUCUAUCAGUGCAAAAUAAUUUUUUUCCUCACUUUCUAGUCAGCCUUUUUAUCUUUAUUGCACAUUGGCGUCAGUACGAUUUUAAAGCAUGAAUGUGAAUUUCUACCAGUGAGAGUGAUCUUCUACGUAAAGGAAACCAAGGCACUGCUACUUGUGCCUUUAAACCUUGGAGAUUUUGCUCAGCUGAAUAUAAAGCUAGGGUUGUAUUUAAAAAAAAAAAAAUAAAAAAUUAGUUCAGAGUUUUGAAUAACAACCUCUUAUUAAUGCUGGGAUUUGUGCACAGUGAACCACUGCUUUGUGUGCUUGGCUGUUUGAGAGGGAAACUGGUAUGUCAGCAGAGAGAGAUGUGUUGCUCUUAAUUAGGUGGAGCUGGAUGCAUCAUUGGAGGCCCCAGUUCUGAUUUAAAUACUGACUGCAGUGGGGGCAGUUCUGUAUAGAAAAUGGGAGUUGGCUUGACUUGUAUGUAUUGCUCCUGGGUUGGCAAAAUAAGGAGAUGAAGGGACAGUGUGAUUUAUUGUCUAGAUACUAGAAGAGGCCUGGAAAGAGGUGUAUAUUCAGCAUUCCUAUUGCAGUCUACACAAUAAGCUAAAUUAAGUACCAAUAUGUAAACCCAAGGAGCAAGGAAAAAAAUCUGGAGUUUGCUGAAGUGUGCUGAUUACAUGGGUGUCUCAGCAUUAAAAAAAAAAAAAGAGAGAGAGAGAGAGAGUGAGAAAAGAGGCAAACAGAGCACUGAAAGGGGGAAGCCUGGUACCCAGCUUUUAUGGGCUAUGUAUAAUAACCCAGAACCUGGUUUCCAGCUAGGCAGCAAGCCACCUGUAUUGUGAAGUGCAUAACUAGGAGUCCAAGUUUUUUCCCAAAGCUCCUCUUUCCUGAGGCUGAUUCAUAUCUGCCCUUAUUGUUAUCUGUUGUGUUCACAUGUUGGGGUUUUUUUCUUUUGUUAGUCUGUUUUCCUUCCUUGUUUCUAAAGAAUAGCUUAUCUGUACACCCCAGAAGGGUGUGACUCGCAAAGAUCAUGAGCUUUUUACAAUGAGCUAAAACCAGCCUGCUGACUACAAGAAAAUAUGUUGAGGUAUUCAAACACGAGUGCCACAUUGCCUUUGCAAAAGGCUGCAAUCGCACCGAGAUGUACACUGCUGGGACUCGGAUGGAUCCGGAGCGUCUGUUUCCACUGCUGACAGGAACCUUUGCAAUGGAUGACAGAGCAGACUCUCUGAUGACUGUGCACCUUCUCGCCAAUUCAGGACACUCAUUGCUUCUGCAGCAAACUCUAGAUCGGCUUUUGGAGUGGAUCUGCCCAGACAUUCGUCUUUUCACGGUGUCCGAGCGAGUUACUCCAUUGAAAUACUAUGAGAGAUAUCGUAAGAGAAGCUGUGGCUUUCCUGGAAUAUCUGUUCUCCUUUUUCUACACGAGGACUUGGGAGAAGAACGGAUUUUCCAGGUCCAUGAGCAAUUCCAGCGUCCACCCUGGCGCUACCAGUGUGCCCAGAUUGCUAAUGGGCAAAGCCACCCCUAUGCCCCAGCUCACCAGGACUUCUACAGCCUGGAUGACCAGAUGCCUGUGUGGGGCAUCAGGCGGGUGCACUGUGGCCCUGAAAUCCUGCGUGUCACCCUCUACUGCAGUUUUGAUAACUACGAGGACGCAGUGAGACUCUAUGAGAUGAUCCUACAGCAAGAAGCGACUAUGCAGAAAAGUAACUUCUGUGUCUUUGUGUUGUACGCAACCCAAAAUAUUGCCGUGCAGCUCUGCUUGAAGCAGCUGCCCGUCGGGGUGGCUGCUGAGCCGAAGGAGUCAUCAGCCUUGCAGUUCAAGGUGCGAGAGAUUGGGCAGCUGGUGCCCCUCCUGCCUAACCCCUGUAUUCCUGUCAGUAGCACCAGGUGGCAAACGCGGGACUACGAAGGAAAUAAAAUUCUGCUUCAGGUUCAAGGCAGCUCCAAGCCCCAUGAAACAAAUGUUGGGUUUUCCCAUCAGCAUAAUAAUGCAGGCAAUGAAAAAAUCCUGCAGGACUCUGUCCCAGCCCCUUUCCCUGUGAAGCAGGGUAAUCCUGGGCGGAGAAGCCAGGAGGUCAGAUCCACAAAGGGUAAACCAAAGUCUGACCAAAGCGAAGCCCUUACUCCUAGGCAAGCCAGUGGUGACCUCCACAGGCACUUCUGCUCUUCUCACAGCGGUCCAGCCAGCCGGUCGUGGUGGGAUGCCACCUCUCUCCGCAGGCAGGCGAGCAGCAAGCCGCAGGCUUCUCUCCAGGAGAGCUGCAUUCGUCAGCAGGCAGCGGAGACCAACGUUGACACCGGGCUCACGGUGGUGAAUCCUGCGAGCGACCGCUGGCUGCUGAACCGCUUUUCCAGGGACCUGCGGAGCAGCCUCCUCCAGCCGCAAGCACCCAUGGAUGGGGCCAGCAGUGCCGUGCCCUGCCAGGACAGGGCCCAGCUGCUGUUUGCUGCAGCCAAAAGGAGUGAAGGAGCAGGGCAAAGAGCUUCGGGCUUCCACUUGCAAACACCACGAGCCAGCCCCGCAAACAGAGCGGAGGAUGACGAGGAGGAAUUCUUUAUAUGACUGAAAACAAAUGUGCCAGAUGGACUCAUCAUUUCCAAAUGACAGUGGAGUGCUUUUGUGUGUAUUGUGCCUCCUCGUGCCGUGACCGCUGCUGCUUAGUUUACCUCUGUAGCUGUGGCUACAUUUCAGUAGUGGGUUCACUGAGGUAUAUGCUUACUUUCCAUGGAGCGAUACAAAGGAGGCUGCAGGCAAAGCAGGAAAAAUAACACUGUAUUUACAGAAAGGUUUAUUUUUUUAAUGCAGAAUAGAUUGCAGGAUUAUUGUGCAAUGAAUAGGAAUAAGCCAUAUGACUCCUAGAGCUGUUCUAAGAUGCUAAAAAAUAGCCAGUGCCAUCUUCAGAUGGGGUUAGGAGGUGCAGUUUGCCUAAGCUGCCCAAGCAGCUGGAUGCCCCCAGGCACGGGGGCUCAUCGUCCCUCACUGGGACGUAUUAGAACAAGGUAGUGGCAUGGUCACAGUGGUUACGCCAAUUUUCCUCUGUGUUCCUUCUUGCUUCCCCUGUUGUUGGUAUUUAAAAGCUAUCAACAUUGUCAAUUUUAUGCAAGGUGUGAAACAUAAGGAUUUUUUUUUUCAAUAUUUUUGAAGAAAACAAUUUCUAGAGAGACCUUUUUGCCAAAUUAGCACAGCACAUGCAAAAAAAAGAACACUUGCAGAGAAUAGUUUGAGCUAUGUUUAUGCUCCAGUAAGACCUGCUGUUGUGGAUUCAUAUGACACUUAAAAUAAACCCAGCAACAGGCCAGGCUUUGUUAGACCAGUGUGCAGUUAUCAGCAGGCAAUCCUAAUUGGGUUUUAAUUAACAGAAGACAAGAGAAAUUAAGAGUCUUGGAGGGAACUGCUGAGUGCUGGAGAGUGAAAAGGACAGGAGAAAUGAAGUAAUGUUUCAGCAACAGAUGCUGAAAUAACUCCCAUCUUGAUCAGCAGUUUUCUCAAGUAGGAUUAAGUAAAUCUCAAGGGGAAAGAAAUGGGAAGUGCAUGAUAGAGGAAUGAAAUUAUUGAAUGAAGAGCCAAAUCUGAUCAUACUUACCUUCCAAACAGCACAACAGAGAAGUAUUUUCUCCUUAAAUAUAUCUGAAUUCUGCUUUACACAGAAGUGUGAAUUUGUUUGGAGAGUGUCUUCUUAUUGCCUCUUCUUAGUUCAUAACUCAAGUUUGACAGACAAUGGCUUCUUGUGGCCCAAGGAGAGGCAGAAGGUGAAGAGCAGCAGCAGAGCCUUCCUGCGGGGGCGGGGGUUCUGCACAAUUUUGUGGGUAUUUACUUGUACGUGUGCCAGCUGAACACAGCCCAUGCUGCACUGCACGAGCUUUGUUACCCCGGGAAGUCCAAACCCAUCCCCCUGCUGCUGGUGGGCUCUGCGGCCCAGUGGGACUAGAGAGCGAUGCCGUUGCUGGAUGUUAGCUCGGGCUUCGGGAAGGCCAAGGUUUUGGAGAAGUUUUGAAGGCCCAGCCGAGUUGGUCUGAAGAGCUGCAGGUGGGAAUAGGGCAGUCCCUGCUCUGUGCCUCCGCGCCCUCACAGCUGGUGUUGCCCUGGAAGCGAUGCUCAUGUACCCUUUGAUUUGGGGACCAACACCUGCAGAAAGCUGAACAGGACACUUGUUUCACUGGACACUUACAAUCCCCCCCAUGUUUUCAUAAGCUCCAUAAAAAUUUUGGACCUUUUAAUAAAUCAUAUGGUGAUAUUUUA